GGUGGUAUUAUGUUAAUGACGGGCGGGCCAUGUGAAAUGGUUAGGUGACGUCAAGUCUCAUUUCACAGAGAGUGAAACAAACAUGGCGACAGAAUGGAGUGGGCAGGGGUAUAUUCUCACUGUUAUAGUUUUCUUAUGGACUGGAUUUGGUGAAUGUUCGGGGACAGCGGUUGCCGAGGUCAAUGAGAGACGAAUCUUUGGCAUGCGGCUGCUACACAGCGACAAGGAGGCGACGGUCACAGACCAGGGGAUCAUCCAGGUAGUCGAGGACUCUCACAUCCUUCUCAGACUCUACGGACUACAGAUCAAUAAUGACACCUGGGCAGAUAUUAAGUUUACGGAACACGGCGACGACGAUGAUGACAAUGGUGACUUUAACAGGACUUGUGCACAUUUUACCAAAGAUAUUGUCAUUUGGACUAACAUGACCGCAAAUGUCAAGGGUACAGCCGCGGUACUGAGCCUAAAAAUUAAACAGCUUCGGAAAAACGAGCCACACAAGGAAUAUGGUUUGUGUGUCAGACAAGAACAAGAUGGUAAGUGGUACCAGUUGGGAAAGCCUGACGGUUGGUUACAGGUGGUCGAGGAGAAAGCGAGUUUACUUCCCUUGUGGUUUCAGAUUAUACUCAUAUGCUUCCUCUUGGUUCUGUCUGGCAUGUUCAGUGGGCUGAAUCUUGGGCUUAUGGCUUUGGAUCCAAUGGAACUCAGAAUCGUUCAAAGUUGUGGUACCGACAAAGAGAGGAAAUAUGCGCGUAAAAUAGAGCCCAUACGAAGGAAAGGAAACUACUUAUUAUGCUCACUUCUUCUCGGAAAUGUGUUAGUCAACACCACGCUAACCAUCCUGCUUGAUGACCUCAUAGGGUCAGGUUUUGGUGCUGUGAUUGCCUCCACGAGUGGUAUCGUGGUGUUCGGCGAGAUUGUGCCCCAGGCUCUGUGCUCUCGUCACGGUCUGGCUGUCGGCGCCAAUACCAUCAUGGUCACCAAAUUAUUCAUGUUACUCACAUUCCCGCUUUCGUUUCCCAUCAGCAAAUUACUGGACUGUGUGCUAGGUCAGGAGAUUGGCACAGUCUACAAUCGGGAGAAGUUGGUGGAGAUGCUGAAAGUGACAGAGCCAUACAACGACCUCGUGAAAGAGGAGCUUAACAUGAUCCAGGGUGCUUUGGAGCUUCGGACUAAGACCGUGGAAGAUGUGAUGACCCCUGUAAAUAACUGCUUCAUGAUCAGCAGUGAUGCUGUGCUUGACUUCAACACCAUGUCAGAGAUCAUGGAGAGUGGCUACACGCGCAUCCCAGUGUUUGACGACGAACGUUCUAAUAUCGUGGACAUCCUCUUCGUCAAGGACUUGGCCUUCGUGGACCCCGAUGACUGCACAACCCUCAAAACCAUCACCAAGUUCUACAACCAUCCGGUCCACUUCGUGUUCCACGAUACCAAGUUGGAUUCCAUGUUGGAAGAGUUCAAAAAAGGUAAAUCUCACCUGGCCAUCGUCCAGAAGGUCAACAGCGAGGGUGAGGGAGAUCCCUUCUAUGAGGUGCUGGGUCUCGUCACUCUGGAAGACGUUAUUGAGGAGAUCAUCAAGUCUGAGAUCCUUGACGAGUCCGACCAAUACACUGACAACCGCACCAGGAAAAAAGUGGACCCCAACAACAAGAAUAAGAGGGACUUCUCCGCCUUCAAGCACGAGAGCGAGUCCAAGGUGAAGGUCUCGCCCCAGCUGCUGCUGGCUGCGCACCGCUUCCUGGCCACAGAGGUGGGCCUAUUCAGCCCAGACCAGAUCUCGGAGAAGGUUCUUCUGAGAAUCCUCAAGCACCCAGACGUGAUCCAGGAGAUCAAGUUCAACGAGAAUGACAAGCGCUCGCCACAGCACUACAUCUACCAGAGGGGCAAAGCUGUCGACUACUUCAUCCUCAUCUUGCAGGGUCGUGUUGAAGUGGAAGCAGGAAAUGAGAACAUGAUGUUUGAGACUGGACCCUUCUCUUUCUACGGAGUCAUGGCUUUGGCCUUCCGCUCUCCAUCUCACACGGGUGGCCUGAACCACUCGGGCUCCAUCAGCCUGUCCGAGCGCCCCGAAAACCUAGCCUUCAGCGGUAGCAACAGCCAGCUCAACAGCCCUGCCAACCCGCAGUAUGUCCCUGACUUCUGUGUCAGGGCUCUCACAGACCUGCAGUACGCCAAGAUCACACGCUCCCAGUACCAGAAUGGGCUGAUGGCGUCCCGACUGGACAGCUCUCCGCAGUCUCCAGAGAGUAGCCACGUCGGGCUGGAGUCAGCCCAGACCGAGGCGCAGGAGGCGGCGGCCGACGAGACCACCUCCCUCCUCAAUGACCAGAACCUGCUGCCCACCCACCAGACCAACCACAACUCCCACACAGACAGCAAUGUGUGAUAUACACACAAACAUACAUGCGCGCGCGCACACACACACACACACACACACACACACACACACACACAGACAUCGCUCUCUUCUACCAUCCUGUCUCUGAAGGAGCUGAUGGACAUACACACACACACACACACACACACGCGCUCAGAGAGGGUGUGUUAUAUUGUGAUAUUACUCUGACUCUUCUCUGAUGACGUAAAGGCAUAAUGGUUGGGGGUAUACUUAAGAGAGUGUUAAUUAAGGUUUUAUAGCAUCGACUUUUCCAUUUUAGGACUAGACGAGCUUGAUCCAAAGAUUGUCUGUACAUGGGUGUGUGCGUGCGUGUGUGUGUGAUGAAGGCGGAGCGAAAAAGAUUAUAGUCCCUGAGAAUGAGUCAGAUUGAGCAUUCCCCCAUCCACCCUGCAGGGGUGUGCAUUUUAUAGACUGUGCAAUCCAGUGAUUUUUCUACAAAUCUAAUGUGAGAGCUGUUUAUUUUACUAUUAACUUUUCUACCGAAAGAUUCACUUAUGCAGGCCAAGUCAUUUAAACCAGAGAGGGCAGAAGGGAUCACUGCUGCAAGAGGGGUGGGAGGUCAGGUUUGGGACCAUAGACUUCUAGAGGUCUGUUCCAUUGACAUGCACAUGUGUUGGCAUAGCCCAUUCGUAUAGAUUUUAAUUUCAUGCACAUUCACUUCAAUGGUAUGUGUGUGUGAAACAAAGUUUGUGUCAGCAUGUUUGAGAAUACUGAUUUAAUCGACACCUGUGCUUUUCUGUACAAACAUGUUUCUGAAACCUUGGAGUGGAAAUGGAGUAUUCUUGUCAAAGUCCAUUUUUUAAUAAUUAUUAUUAUUAUUAUUAUUAUUAUUAUUAUUUCCUUGUUUUUUGCCAAAGACUGGCAGGGAUUCUGCCAUUGGAAUAGAGAUAGAAAAUUGUGUAACCAGUCAGUCAGGGAAAAGUUCAGGUAAACAACAUAAAAAGGGGUGGCGGGGAAGGGGGUUGACUGUCCUCAGUUUAAACUAUCUGAAGGGCCUAAAGGUGUUGCUUGGAUGGGUAAAUGGCUAUCCAGCCAGCAGACUUGAAAAACACCAAACAAGAUGAGAAACAAUACUUAGAUGAUUGAUAUAUGAUGUAUUUAUUUUGCAUAAAAUUCAGGUUGUACAUUUUUUAGAAUUGUGUUCGUUAUGUAACGUUGUUGCACAUAUGUCUGUAUUUUAAUUGUGUUCUUUGUUAAUGCAACUGUUCUACUGAGCAUUCCUGCCUGGUACUGAUUAAGAUUACUGGUUAAGAUACCCAUACAAUUGCAAAGACAGUCUCAUUUCACACACACACACACACACACACACACACCCUGAUCCUUCCAUGUAAUUUUGUAAAAAAUGGGCAGUACAGCGACAUCCUGUUAGAAUGGAGUUGAGCAUCCACUAUCUUUAAGUUUUACACUCAACAAUAUCCCCAUAGUCAUCGGCAAGUUUUUUGUCAUUGCAACAGAUACAGAUAAAAACAUUUUCAUGAAGUAUCAACAUGUGCUGUUACUGGUCUGCAUACUUAAAAUAAUUCCCUUAGAAUGUCGUUGUUGAUACAAUUUGGCACUGGACACAGCACAAGUUAUCAAAAUAUCAAAUGAGUAGACGUCACAUAACCGUGCUCUGAGUCCCAGUCUUAUGACGCCUCACUUGUCCCCAUGCGUUGCUAACACAUCCCCAUGUCAAUUGAGGAUUACUAUGUUUAGUUUCAACCGACAGGCUGCAUCAACAGGCAUUUUGUUGCUGCAAUA